AUGCUUCACGAGCCGACCGGCUUCUCGGCCUCGCUCGUCGCCCUCCCCGCGACGAGCACGCCCGCCUCGCGCCACCUCGAGCCCGAGCACUGCACCUCGGCCCCGACCGACCUCGAGCGCGUCGCCUGGGUCGAGCACAGCCCCGAGACGCCCAUUCGCGUCUUCUUUGCGCGCGAGGAGACGCUGCGCCCCGUCGGCGAGCUCGAGGCGUACGCGAGCUACCUGUUCUGCCCGGGAGGGACGCCCUGGGUCAAGAUCUACGCCAUCGGCGACGGCGUCGCGAGGUGCGCAAGCCACUGGUGCAUGGACGGGCGCUUUGGCCCCGAGGUCGAGGACCUCGCUCAAGUCGGCGAGGCCAGCGUGUCGCUCAAGAUCUACGCCUGCAAGCUCCUUCCGGGCACCGAGUUGGGACAGGGCCUCCUCUACACCAAGGACGUCGCCUUCAUGGAUCGUGACCACCCCGUCGUCGUCUUUACGUGGCAGUACGCCUCGCGCAAGCACCUCCUGCAGCUCGGCGUGCUUCCUGACGCAGGACCCUCGCUGCACGACGCCCACGCCCUCUACUCGCCGCUGUCGGCCCCUCUCGACUUGCUGCGCGCCUCGCUCCAGCUCGCGACCGACAUCAUGACGCCCGAGCAGCGCGCCCAGCUCGGCGACGCCCUGUCGCGCUCCAAGGACGUCCUCGCGCUCCUGCCGCCGGCGGCCCAAGUCGAGCUCGAGCGGUACCGCGACCAGGCCUCGAUGACGCCGAGGGUGACGCCGUACAACGACGAGGUGCCGCUCGUCGUCGAAGGACCAAAGACGAGGAGCAGGAGCGCGCCCGAAAGGAGGAAGUCGUACGCCGACCCGAGCGACAGCGAGUGAGCGGGGGUCAGGUCCGAGGACGCUUGUUGUUGUGUAGCAGUCGUCGUUAUCUGGCGUACAAGCUUGAGCUGCG